UUUAAGGGAUGUGCCUCAAUCAACUUCCCCACUCCAGCUGUUCCGGAUUAUUUUGUAUUCCAAGCGGAAGAUGAUGACAGGCUGUAAGAAGGAUGCGAGCAUUCAGGCGGAAGGAUAGCCAGUAAGAGACUAAGGGAAAAAAAUCCCGAAAAGGCAAGGCAGCGGUAGCAGUUGGGAUUGGCAACAGGUGACGGGUGUGUGUAAGUUAUGGUGUUUUGUUUCUGUUUGAAUACAGGAAGCGGUGCGGACGUAGUAUCAAGGGGUGACAACUUUAAAAAGUUGAAACAAACAAAGUUCAAGUAACACUGGAAUGGGACAGCCUGUGGGAAGAACACGGAAUUAACUAUCAACUAAACUGAAUUUACCCAGCAUCAGUGCAUUUGUCGCUCACUCAUUGACAGGGCCGCAGUAGUGUUCAUUGCGGACGGGAAGCGGAAAGGGAGCUUUUUAGGAUCAGGAGUUACAACUCUGUAAUACCAGCUGCUCUGCAUCCCUGUGUGGUCGCAUCCCACCCUCUUUGUAGAUUGGAGCUCCUAUAUCAGCCAGUCGUUUCUCCUGGAAGUUUUCCAGGUUAGUGUUGUCAUAAAAAACAUCCUUUUGGAAGCGAGGGAGUGGUGUUUACCUGCAGAGUUCUGUGGGAUCUGUUGCUGACUAGACUGCAUUUCCAUUUGGACUGGAGAAAUCUGAAGUUAUGUGAGCAAGGGAAUUCUCACCACAUUAGUUUUGUUGUUUUUUGGUGGGAGUAGGAUACCUUCAUGUGCUUUGUAAAGUAGUAACUUUUAUAUUUGAAAAACAUGCACCCCUUUAAAGAGAGGAGCCUUUAAUUCUGUAACCCUGUAUUUCCCACACAUCUUCUCUAGGAUUGUCCAGCUCCUCUUUACUUCCUGACUGUAAAAAUCAAGUUACCCCCCCCCCCAACACACACUCCUCUCUUACAGUAGGGCUUCAGCAGUUUUGCGUGCAUAUCUUCCACUUUUCUGCCUUUUGGUUGUGGGAGAAAUUCUUAGAGUGAGGAGGUCACCCUCUUUGAGGGCAGGCGGACUUUUAAAGAUAGAAAAAAAUCGUUUAGAAAAGAAUUGUGUAAAUUAAAGGAAAGAAGUAAAAUGAAGCAGCACUGGUAUUAAAAUUCUAAAAUUCUACAUCAAUUGAACAGAACAGCUUGGAGUAACUGUAAGCCUUCAUUAUUUAGUCUGAAACAAAGUGGCAAGAUUCACUUUUUCAGCAAGACGGGAACUGUAAUUUUCUGAGUACCAUUGAUUUCUGGAAUUUGUGUUCUGGGCUUUUUUAUGAAAUGACAGUUGGAUAACGAGAAAAAUUGCUGGAGUCCACUGAACGGUGCACAGCCCAUCAUUUGCGACAGUACAUUGAGAAGACUUCUGUUCGGUUUGCAAUUUCAUAACCGUUCCUUUAUGGAGUCGUGGGCUAGGCUUGUAUUGGCUCCAGGGCCGUUAGUCUAGUACUCGCCUAUGAACCUUUAAAGAAGAUCCGUGUCUCCAUUUUACCUCCUGUUCCUUCAACACUGAGCACACUGGAAAAUCUUUGAAAUCCUGACUUUUACUGAACGGCAUGGAGGAGCCAGAUAAUCCUUGUAAAUGGGAGAAGGAAGGUGUUUUGACCUGCUGGAAGAGCCUUUCUUGAAAAUGUACUCUCCUGGGCUGGUUCAGCGCUGUGUGAUUAUUCAGCGGGAUGAAAAUGGAUUUGGACUGACAGUUAGUGGAGACAACCCUGUCUUUGUACAGUCAGUCAGAGAAGAUGGAGCAGCGAUGCGAGCUGGUGUGCAGACAGGGGAUCGCAUUAUCAAGGUUAAUGGAACCUUAGUCACUCAUUCAAAUCAUGUUGAAGUGGUGAAGCUGAUUAAAUCGGGCUCAUAUGUGGCUCUUACUGUCCUUGGCCGGCCUCCAGGAUCUCCUCAAAUUCCUGCUGACUCAACUGUGGACCCUGGAACUAUUGGGCAUAACCUGUCUUCUGUUACCAUGGCUCCUCACUUUUUAGGAGUAGAUGUCUGUGACAGAAUUUCCAUUGAUGUCGACAAGAUUACAAGUACUAUUCCUGUGGAGGAGUCUCCACUAACCUCAUCUACACUAGGGAACAAUAACUGUGAGAAGAAUGCCUUUUCCCAGAUUACAAAGAGUGACAUAAAGGAGCAAAACAGCACAGUUGAAAAACUGGAUAAUGGAGACAUUCCGGAUAUGAAGUACCAACACCCAUCAACUGCUGGAAAUCCACCACCGUAUGUUGGUCCCGACAUCAUUGGAGCAGAAGAUGAAUACUUUGACGCAGGACAAUAUGAGUUAAAUGGCCAGUGUAGCUGCUUUCAGAAUCUGGAAAUGCUGAAAUGUCGGCCAGCUCACUUAGCUGUCUUUUUGCAUCAUGUGGUAUCACAGUUUGAUCCAGCACCCCUGCUUUGCUACCUUUUUGCUGAUAUGUGCCGAAAUACCAGUUCAAAAGAGACUCGUCGAGUCUUUCUGGAGUUUCAUCAGUUCUUUCUGGACCGUGCAGCAAACCUGAAAGUGCCAGUACCAGAAGUGAUGGCUGCAGAUCUGGAAAAACGUAGACCGGAGCUGAUACAGGAAGAAAUGUACCGGCAGUACAUACAGACGGCUCAGGAGGUCGUAAUGCCAGAGGUGCAGAAACAUCUUGAGGAUUUCAGGCAGAAGCGUAGCAUGGGCUUAACAUUAGCAGAGAGUGAGCUGAUCAAGCUAGAUUCAGAACGCAUGCAGGACCAUCUGACUUCAGAGAAGGAGAGAAGUUGUGCAGAGCAGAUCCUAUCGAAGAUUGAAGAUGUGCUGCUAUCUUCACUUCCACAGGAGGAAGAAAAAAGUAUAACAGUACAGUAUGUGAUCCUGACUUACAUGAAAUAUUUGGGUGUAAAAGUCAAGGAACCUCGAAAUCUUGAGCACAAACGAGGAGGAAGGAUGGGCUUUCUUCCAAAAAUAAAGCAGAGUGUAAAAAAGGAAAAGGAGGUGGAAGAAAAGAUAAAGAAAAGGGUGUUCCCUAAUAUCUUAGUCCCCACACGAAGACCAAGUCGUCUCGACAGCAGUGCAAUUGGUCGGGCAAUGGAGAUUCACAGACGCAGCAGACAAUCAUCACAGACAAGUCCUAACAUUUCUGAAUCUUCAGAAACAGUGAAGUCACGUCAGAGUAUCCCCAUCACUGACAGCACUGAUUCGUCAUAUUUUUCAAGUAAUGCAGUUUUGCCGUUGACUAUAGGACUGACUUCUCUCCAGGAAGGGAACAAGCAGAAUGACUCUGGUAUGUUGUCAACAUCUGCUUUCAUAAAGGAUGGUCCUUCCUCUUCAGAAUCUGUGGACAUUACAUCACAGACAACUGGCAAUGUCUUUGAAUAUCCUUCUUCACUGGAUCAGCUGCCUGAACAGGACAAUACUAGAAAUGAUUCAGUAAACUCUAUGGAUGUACACAGUGAAGAGGAGUUGCAUGAUACUGACACAGAAGUAAAGCCACAAAAUUGGCAGCAGCUGGUUAGCAGGAAACUAAUCGAAAUGAUGAAACCCCAUGAAAUAAAACGUCAAGAAGUGAUAAAUGAGCUCUUCUGUACUGAACGUGCUCAUGUUCGCAUGCUAAAAGCACUGGAACAAGUUUUUUAUCAGCCACUUUCCACACGAGAUCCUGUUCUUCCUCCUGCAGAAUUGCAAAGCAUUUUUUCAAACUUGGAGGAGGUUCUGCAGAUCCAUGUUGGUCUUCAUGAACAGAUGAAAGCAGUCCGCAGAAAAUAUGAAAAUUCUGUAAUUGGUCAAAUCGGAGAAGACCUUCUUUAUUGGUUUGGGGGAGCAGGAAAAGAAACUUUACAGCAAGCAGCAGCAGUAUUCUGCAGUAACCAACCAUUUGCACUGGAAUUGAUCAAAUCAAAACAGAAGAAGGACUCCAGGUUCCAGGCCUUCUUACAGGAAGCAGAGAGUAACCCAAAGUGUCGUCGGCUGCAGCUUAAAGACAUCAUUCCUGUUGAGAUGCAAAGACUCACUAAAUACCCACUUUUACUGGAAAAUAUUGCUAAGUACUCAGACCUAACUGAAGAAAAAAUGAAGGUGAGAAAGGCAGCAGAACAUUGUCGGCAAAUCCUUAAUCAUGUAAAUCAGGCUGUUAAAGAAGCAGAAAAUAAACAGCAUUUGGAGGACUACCAGCGGCGACUGGAUUUUUUCAUAAAACCCAAUGAGGUGCCAUUGUGGGAUGAAUUUCAUACACUAGAUCUGACAAAAAAAAAGAUGAUCCACGAGGGACCACUGACCUGGAAGGUGACUAAAGACAAGUCAAUUGAUCUGUAUACACUGCUUCUCGAGGAUAUACUGGUUCUUUUGCAAAAGCAAGAUGAACGGUUGGUGCUGAAGUGUCAUUAUAAGAAUAUUGCUGAGUCAGCAGAGGAAAAGCUUCGUUUUAGUCCCAUCAUCAAACUGAACACAGUGCUUGUGCGGCAAGUUGCUACUGAUAAUAAAGGCUUCUUUGUGAUUUCCAUGUGUGAAAAUGGUGCCCUGAUUUACGAGCUGGUAGCUCAGACAGUAACAGAACAAAAAGUUUGGCAGGACCUCAUUAUUCGUUUGGCUGGAUCAAUGAAAGACAAGCCUCCUGAGAUGAUUUUACCACACACUGUAGCAAGCCCUAUUAGAAUGAAGGAAGAAGAGGAAGAAGCAUUGUCCCCUGAAUGUCCAGAACUUGAAUCUGUAGAUUCAGAUAGAGUUUCCACAGAAAAAGAAUCUGAGUCAGAAUCACCAGUAAUGCAGAGAGUUCAACCUGCCUUAUCAGCAGGUGUAGAAGUAUGUGAAGAGGCGCAACUUGAGAAAGAAGAAAAACCCUUGGAAGACCUCCAUUUCAUGGAGAAAAAAUGUAUACAAGAGGGAAUGCACCAGCUGAAGACCGAAGUGGAGCCAGAUUCUGAGCUUCAGAAUGAAAGUAAAGACCACCCAUGCAGCAUUAGGCAACACUGGGCAAUAGACGCACUACAAAACUUGGAUGCAUUGAAAGAACUGCUGUUGAAGAAUCUUUUCUUGGGUGAAGAAUCAGACUACGCAUACAGAAGGUCGUCACUGGAGAAUUUCAGUAAAAGUUGGAGAGUGUCUCAGUCAAGCUCAAUUCACAGUGACAUGCAAACUCCCUUGGAGUUUCCACUUCAUGAACUGAGCUCCUCUAAUGUGUCAGGGCAGACAGUCUUCCAAGACAGUUCAUGUGAAAGCUCCUACAAGAGUGGCACAAAACUUAGCUUUCCUGUACAGGAUACAGAGAUGGGGACAAAUACCACUAACUCUGGAACAGAAAAUUCUUUAAAUGACUUUGUCCCAGGAGAAAGAAGUGGAGAGGUAUCGAGCCUGAAGGUUUCAGAGGAAAGGCCUAAGAAAGAGAAUUUGCAAAUACAAGGGGCUGUUGAGGAAGGACUGGAACAUUUUUCUGAUGCACAGGAAACACAUGUAGAGACUUCUUCAGAAAGCAUAAGGGUGGUGGUCGAAGAACAGGAGGAGGAGGAGGAAACAGAGAAACGGACUGUGAUACAACCUAAAGUCUCAGGGAAUUUCUUGAUCCUUGAGGGCUUUGAAGAGAUUCGGGAGAGUUGCACUGAUGAUGAGCUACUGCCUUCUCAAGUCGAAGAGUGCACUCCUGGCAGCUCUACAGCAGACUGCAGAAAUCAGACUACUGCAGUGGAGCCUGGACAUUACAGAAGGAAUCCACUUUUUUCUCAGAACUCUGAAUCAGAGUUCUACACUGUUUCACAAAGGAUGAUGUUUCCCUCGGACUUCUGCAGUCAGAUUUUGCAGUAUAUCCAGGCUCUUCAUUCUGAUCUUCAGCACCUGAAGGAUGUUGAAGAGCGGUAUCACUAUCUUUGCUUCAAGCUGGCUGGAUCAGCUGAACUAAAUGAAUAUAUAGAUAAAAGUUAAUGAAUUGUGCCAUUUUACUCAGGAUUAUGGGUGUGACUUGAGAAAAACGGCAUUGGCAAGCCUCUGGAUUCCAUUUUAAUUGAGAAUUCUGAGUUACAAGUGGAUGGGGUGAACAGUGCCGUGCUGUUCUCAUCAGCAGAAUUAAAACUGAUAAUUCAAGUGAGACUGAUGCUUCAUGUGAGAACUACUUUGGAAUCAUGCAUCUCCAGUAUCUUGUCAGGGAGAAAAAUUAACCCUUUGCACCUCAGCACUGUUUUGUUUUUCUUAACCAUAUUUUUGUAUCUGAACUUCUGAGCUCUAUAGUGGAUUGCAGAAAACAGAUGUAUAAAGCUUAUGGUGUAGGUUAUCUAAAAUGUAUUUAGAUGUUUUGAAAAAAAAAAUCAUGAUUUAUUUAUUUGACCUUUUAUUUCUUAUGUUAAAAGAUUUUAUUUUUUGUGUGUGUGUGUGCGUGGGGGAAAGUGGACUUUUUAGCCCUUAAUUUAACUAAAAAAACAAACAAGCUUCUUCUAGAGUUUAAGAAAUGUGUGCAACAAUAUGAUCAUUUAUUUUUAACCCAACCUGAACUAAGAUUAGACUGGAGGCUGAGAGUAUAUGCAGGUAUGUUAGACCCAGUCAUCUGGCCAACACUGCCACUUUUUUGACUAUACUGUUUUUGAUCAUCUUUGAGUCAGGUUUAUAUGCAUCAGCCAUUUUGCAUCAGAAGUUGAGUUCUUACUGAUGCACUAUUUUGUAAACAGUACAGCACAGUACAAUAUGACAACCGAAAUGCAUUAAAUAACUAUGUACGUCA